AUGGAAGACUAUUUGUUUCGACAUUACGUUGACCAGUGUCGCGUUGUCAAAGAAGAGACCAGCUAUAUCCAGGUCUUCAAUUACUCGGAUCCGUUCUAUGAUGUCUGCGAGGAGCACCCCUUGCCCGAUGAUGAAUUUGACAACUUUCUUCAUCAAAGGGACUCAAUUGACAAGGAUAGGGUGCCUUUGCGCCGCCAGAUCAUCUGA